AUGGUUUAUGGAAGUACACUUCGAUUACCUGGCCAGUUCUUUGCCGAAAAACAUAAGUACAAUGCCAACGAAGGUGAAUUCGUCGAAAAUUUACGCAUACGCAUGCAGUCACUAAAGCCGUCACCAACUACAAACAACUCAGCGCACGUACCAUUCGUAGAAAAGAACUUACACUCAACACCAUCAGUCUUCGUGCGAAACAACUCAAUUCGUCCACCUCUUCACCCACCAUACGAGGGACCAUUUCUCGUAGUCGAACGCGGCGACAAAUUUUUCAAAGUCAAAAUCCGAGGGAAGGACGUAAACAUUACCAUCGACCGGUUAAAAGCAGCUUUCGUCGCCGAAGAUUACCAAACCCCGUCGAAUCAAACAGUUCAACACAAAGAGCACCAAACAAAAUCUGGUCGUCGAGUACGCUUUCGUCUUCCCGAUAGGGGGGAGUGA